UCAGUCUGUCUCAUUUCAUUAAGUAUGCAAAUUUGAGUCUGCUGGAUCGCAUUACACAAAUGAGUGCAAAUAAUAAAAUGCAAAUGAGGACAAAUUUAUUUCGGGUUUUGUUAGAAAUUAUAAAUUUUGAAAGACUAUGAAUUUAAUUGCUUUGACCGACGAAUAGGAAGUGACGAUGGUUAUCCAACAUGUUUCUAAAUAUCUUUAAAAUGAACAUGUCAGGAGAUAGAUUUGAAAUUCAAAUUUUAAAUCACAUGUUGAGCGUGGGGUUUAAUACAAAUUAAUUAAGGAACAAUUAAGUAUUACCAAAAUAGUUAAAAUUAGAUAUAUCUAGCAAUAAAUAACGUAUUCAUGCAUGUCCUUGGUUGUCCUGCAUGAAUGAAUGGCAACAUGGAAAUUCAGGCGUUCUCUAUGAAUUUAUUUCUGAGCGUCCAAUUUUGCAACAAAGUUUCUCAAAGGUCGUUGACAUGGGGACGAAAAGAUCAGAGUUUUCUCUGCCAGCCAGCCAAAAGUUCACUUCAGGCCCAGAGACGCCAGUCCACUCGCAGUCUCCGCUCCGACACUUUCCUCUCCAGCCAGUCCUUCCACCAAUUUCUCUCAGAAACAUUUACAUUUUUCCCGAAACUUCUCACGAUAAAUUCAAAGGUCCCAGAUUAGAAAUGGACAUCGCGUUCCUUGAUAGUUUGCUAGGAUCCCUUGGCAAUGGAGCAGGCUCUGGAGCAGAGCCAGAGUCUAGUGCUAGUCUGUUCGAAAGAUUGGGAGCAGCUGAGGUGGAAGUUAUGCUGACGGAGGAAGAAGGGCUUACUGUAGCCCAGCAGUUGGAAAAAUAUGGUUUGGAAGACAUGUUAGACCCAAACGUUCAGGCCAUAGUGUCUGAGGCUGAGAUGAUGGCUGAGAUGAUGCCAAUGCCAGCCCCAGUGCCAGAUCGAGUGACGGAGUCAGUUCCAACACCAGCUCAGCCAUUUUCAACGCAUGAGGUGAAAAAGAAGAGUAGGUCACAGAAAAAAAAGAGAGAGGAGGUUCCGGUCAGUGACGAUGACGAGGUACAAGUGGUGGAUGUAAAACCGGCGAAAAAAAUGGGUCUCCCCAAGAAGGUCGUCAUCCCAGGUGAAUUUGUGGUGAAACGGCCACGUAAAUCGAGUCCGAAUACCAAUGAAAAUUUCGAGAACGAAGGGGAAGGCCCAUUCUCGUCUGUGAAGGUGUGGAGAGGUCGUGGACCGAAUAUAAUGGCUGAGAUGUUGCCAGCCCCAGUGCCAGCUCCAGUGACGGAGUCAGUUCCAACACCAGCUCCAGAGCCAUUGUCGGUGCCUGAGGUGAAAAAGAAGAGUAGACCACAGAAGAAAAAGAGAGAGGAGGUUCCGGUCAGCGACGAUGACGAGGUACAAGUGGUGGAUGUGAUACCGGCGAAAAAAAUGGGUCUCCCCAAGAAGGUCGUCAUCCCAGGUGAAUUUGUGAAAAGGCCACGUAAAUCGAGUCAGAAUACCAACGAAAAUUUCGAGAACGAAGGGGAAGGCCCAUCCUCGUCUGUGAAGGUGUGGAGAGGUCGUGGACCGAAUAGAUCUAAACCUCCACCUCAGGUUAAGUCGAGAAUUCAACUCGCAAGGGAGGAAAUGAUGGGCUUCGAUGCAGAAAACGAGGUGAUCGAACCAGAUGUACUUAUACCAGAAGUACUUAUACCAAGAGGACAAGUAGCCUCAGAAGAUGUCGAAGCUCUCAUGAAGAUCUUCUUUCCGCCAAAAGGUUCAGAAAAGUUCCGUCGGUCAGGUAAAUGGUACGCUUAGUGUAGAUAGAAAAUUAUUAAUACAUGUAAAUAAACAAAGAGUAGAGAUGAUAUUACAUACAGACAAUUUAUUAACGUCAAAAAAAAUUCAUAUGACAUAGUUUAGUUAUUUUAUGUUAUUACAUUGGAAAUAUCUCCAUAUUAUUAUAACCUGCAUAACAGGACUAAAAAUCAAGAAAUGCUAAACAAAUUUGCAUUAGUUAAUGUCAUCAAAAAUUCUAUAAAACUAAAGAUAAAAUAUUCUCAAGAAAUAAUUAGUUUGGAAAGCACAAAUUCAAUACUACAGCUUAAUCAUCAAAACAUUUCCAAUCAGAUUACUGUUAAUAAUUCACCAAAAAAAUACCCACCCCUGUGACGAUGGUCACUAUCAGAAAACUCGCAUCAGAAUUGUGGCAUCCCGACCUCCACAAGUCACCCAUUUUCCUGACUCCACUGCAAUUGAAUUCCUCGUACUCAUUGACCAACGCUCUUACAUCGUAAAACAAACCUCGGGGAGACCUGUCGACGUGAUUUUUCGAAUCGAAUGUCUUCACCCAUUUUGACGCUGGAGUAAACAAUCCGUGUUCGAUUACUAGAGAAAUAAAGUCAAUUGUCGAACAGUU